AUGUCCGACAUAAUUCCUAAGGGAGUCGCUUGGGCCCGAGACGCCGCAAGUAAAAUCGAUCCAGAAAUCAAUACCGUGCAGUGCGCUAGCGGACGACAGCUUACUUAUGACUAUCUUAUAGUUGCCACAGGCCUUCAAUGCGACUGGGAUAAAAUCCCAGGCCUACAGGAUGCCUUGCACAACAGUGAAACCUCACACGUGUGUUCGAAUUACCAUCCCGAGUAUGCGGAGAACACCUGGCGCGUCCUUAGGGGCCUCAGCGAAGGCAGUGCUCUCUUCACCCAACCGCCUUCCCCUGUCAAGUGCGGGGGAGCCCCUCAAAAAAUCAUGUGGCUUGCCGACGACUAUUUGCGUCGGAACAACAGGCGCAACGCCGUGGACAUUAAUUUUUUCAUGCCACAAAAAGUCUAUUUCGGAGUGCCUCGGUAUGCGGAGGUCCUUGAGUCGGAGUCCAAGGCCCGCGGCGUUGGUUUUGUCUUCGAGACUUUGCUGGUGGGCGUCAACGGGGAGCGCCGCGAGGCCACUUUCCAACGGGUGAAGGACGGGAGCGAAUACACGCUGCCCUACGCCAUGCUCCACGUGACUCCGCCCAUGUCCGCGCCCGACUUCCUCAAGACGAGCCCCCUGGCCGACCCCAAGGGGUUCGUGGAGGUGGACAAGUACACGACCCAGCACGUGCGCUACCCGAACGUUUUCGCCCUCGGGGACUCCUCCUCGCUGCCCACCUCCAAGACCAUGGCCGCGAUCACGGGCCAGGCGCCGGUGCUGGUGCAUAACCUCCUUCGCGUCAUGCGGGGGAAGCGAGCGACUGCCACCUACGACGGCUUCACUUCCUGCCCCAUCGUCCUGGGCUACGACAAGCUGCUCAUGACCGAAUUUGUCUACGACUGUGUCCCGCAGGAAACAUUCACGAAAAUUCCUUUGCCUUUCUUAGACCAAGGCAAGCCCUCUUUCUUCUUUUUCUUGGUCAAGAAAUACGUGUUCCCAUUUGUGUACUGGAACCUGUUUAUGAAGGGGAGGUGGUACGGAUCGAGGCUUAUUUUCAAGCCCGAUUAUUCGGAAGCCGAUCGCCGGGCGGACAUGGAGGAAGAGAGCAAGGAUGUAAAGGGAAUGGCAGAUGCUCAAGCGGGGAAGCGGGCUUAG